AUGUCUGGUCUAAUGAAAAGAACCUCAAGAUCUGAGAGUUCAAAUUCGUAUAUUAAUAUAUACGAAUCAUACUGGUUUGAUUUGGUUCAAUUCCUUAAUAAUUACGACGUAGCUAUAGAGAAACAAAGAUACAGACAAUCUGUUCACAAAACAGUAACGAGAACCACUAAUCCAAAGUUUGUUACUCCAUUGCGUUUAGAAAGUCAUGCAUCAAGUAUAUACAGUCUAAAUGUGUUUUUUGACAUCCAAAAGAAAAUAAAGAAGGUUGUAUGGUUCUGUGCUAUAGAGACCGACGAAUGCCGAGAUGAUUUCAAGUCAUUCGUGAUAAGCCACAAGACCAAGAAAUCAUCUGACAACAUCACCUAUCUGGUGUCUCGUAAUUACUCAAUAAACACCGUCAAAUGCGAGUGCAACCUAUUCACGCGUAACGGGUAUCUUUGUCAUCACGCGUUCAAGGUACUGUUAAACGAUGAAGUUGAAUGCAUUCUAGAUAAAUAUGUUUUACAUCGAUGGAAACGACAAUUAGUUCCAAUACAUAUACAAUCAGCAAGAGUUCGUUAUGGCGAGGUUGAUGCCGAGAAAGAUACGUGUAUAAUUGAUGUCUAUUCCAAGGUCGACGACAUAAUAAGCAUCGCCCGCAAUGAUAAAUCUAUAUUGGCUAGAUUGGAGCGUUAUCUCGACAAAUUCAUGGUUGAUAUAGAGAAGGAAGUUCCAUAUGAAGACCCGUCCCAACAGUAG